GUCACGUGACCCCUGCGUCCAGCGUUUCCUCUCCAGGCAACCGUCCUAGAGACCGACACCGCCGGCCCCGACAUGGACGUGAUUUACCCCCUAGCGGUGCCCAAGGGGCGCCGGCUCUGCUGUGAGGUGUGCGAAGCCCCGGCGGAGCGGGUGUGCACGGCCUGCACAGUCACGUAUUACUGUGGUGUGGUUCAUCAAAAAGCUGACUGGGUCAGCAUUCACGAGAAGAUCUGUCAACUGCUAAUUCCACUGCGCACUUCCAUGCCCUUUUACAAUUCAGAGGAAGAACGGCAGCAUGGCCUACAGCAGCUGCAGCAGCGGCAGAAGCAUUUGAUUGAAUUCUGCUACACCGUAGCCCAGAAAUACCUCUUUGAAGGAAAAUAUAAAGAUGCCGUCCCAGCAGCUUUGCAUUCUCUUCGCUUCCGCAUGAAUGUGCAUGGCCUCAGUUCAGUAGAGCUAGUGCCUGCUUACCUGCUGUUGGCAGAGGCCUGCCUUGGUAUGGGUCAGAUCAUUCAGGCUGAGGAGUAUCUAUCCCAAGCCCAGUGGACAGUCCUCAAAUCAGCCGAAUGUAGUUAUGCCACCCACUCUUUGCUACAUCGGAACCUGGGCCUUCUCUGCAUAGCUGAGGAAAACUACGAGGAAGCCCGUUAUCAUCUAGCCAAUGAUAUUUAUUUUGCCAGUUGUGCAUUUGGAACAGAGAAUAUCAGGACCUCAGGAGGCUACUUCCACCUGGCUAAUAUCUUUUAUGGCCUUAAUAAGUUGGAUCUGGCAGACACACUGUACACCAAGGUCUCUGAGAUCUGGAAUAAAUAUUUGAAUGAUCACUAUGAAGUUCUCUUAAAGAAUCGCGUCCAACAUAUAGAUUUACUGGGCAAGCAAUUUGAGACUGAUACUGGCUUGGAUGAAGCCCAAGAAGCAGAAGCCAUUCAGAUCCUGACUUCAAUCUUGAAAAUUCGAGAAACUACAUCUACCAAAGCCCCCCAGAAAACCAUCUUUGUUCUGAAAACCUUGGCUAUGCUUUACUACCUGAUGAUGAAUUCUUCAGAGGCACAGGAAUAUGCCUUCAGAGCCUUCAAUCUAGCCAAAGAACAACAUCUCAGUGUUCAUGAACAGGGCAUCAUUCAAGAGUUACUAAAUCUUAUCACAGCUGAAGAAAUUUAUUCUAUUGCUUCGUAACCCAUGAGCACCGCAUUAGGGCUAUUCAAGGGGUGAUUGAAUGUCUUAUAAAGUCCAGCACAACUGCUUACAGGUGCUUUGAGUCAUUCAAGUGCCUGCCCUCUUCCUCUAGGAUUCACACAUUGCUGUGUCUUUAUUCUUACACAACAUUUGUGAGAGAAUAAAGAACUCUAGGCCUAGAAAUCAGUGAAACUGUUGUUUAUCAUGACCUUUGUACUUGGUUUAUCAUGACUUUGUCCAACUUUGAAUAAUGUGCUGUCAGCUCACUAAUUUGGAAUUAAAAUGCAGUCCAUCACAUUCCGAAGAAGUCUCCCAGUGACAUGUGUUUCACAGAUUUUGCCAAAGAAGGGGUACG